AUAUGUCAUGGGACAUCUUCUGGUGUGUCUGCUCCUCGUGCUUGCUGGCAUUCAUGUGUGCUGUCCGGCAGUCGAGCGCGGGCUUUGCCCAGUGCGAGUCCCUGCUCGAGUACGGGCAUAUUCCCUUCAAGCUGUCGUGCGAGGCGAGGUACAGCAAGAGGCUGAAGCUUUACUAUCGCGACAAGAGGAUCAAAGCGGACACGCCCUUUCGCGUGUGGAUCAGACGCGAUGCCCGAGAACGUGUCGACCUACUGAUCACACUCCACAAGUCGCCGCUGUGGAAUUGCGGCAGCGUUAGCUGCACCCUCAACUGGCUGCACUGCCAGCACGCGCACGCCUCUGGCAUUUUCAUCGAGCCCGACAAUCUCUUCUGCUACAAAUUCAACUUCUCGUAUGUGGCAGAGCUGCAGAAGGAGUGUGGCAUGGAGCCGCUUAGGCUUGAUUUUGUGGCCAUUCACUAUGGGGUGAGUUAUCGGGACGAGAGGCGGAUCUCGUCAUGCGCGUCUGGUCGUCUCAAAUGGGCCUUGUGGAGUGCCUGGAGCUGGUGCUGGAGCUAGAGCUU